AUGGGCGACCACGGCCCCGACAUGAACACGCUGGAAACUGAUUAUGUUGUGCUCAUUUCAGUUGUGCCGGCCGUGCUGGGACUGACGGCGGCCGCCAUACUGGCCGUGACGGCGUGCUUCUGCGCCCGUCGCUUCCGGCGGCAGAACAAGAAGACCAACCACGAGGCGUCGUCGCUGCCCUUCCAGCCACCGCGCCCCCCGAAGGCGGUCCGCUCGCCGAGUGGCCAACCGCCGCAGUAUCUGAAGAAGUCCCCGUCGCCGACGAGCGUCAAACCGCUGCCGGGCCACCUACCGGCACAGUCCCCGACCGAGCAGGCGACCGUGGUCACGACCACCACGACGAGCGUCGUCCCGCCGACCAAGUACACCGAGGAGAACGAGCUCAUCCCCAAGAACGCCCAGCUGGAACCGAAGUCGCCGGAUGUGUCGGAGAUGGGCGACCCGGUGACGGCCGAGCUGAACGGCGACGGCACCGAGCACGGCAAGCUGGGUGCGAUCGUGUUCAAGCUACGCUUCCUGGCAGAUCGGAGCGCGCUGGUCGUGUCGGUUGUGCGGUGCCGCGGACUGCCCGGAAAGAACCAUGGCUCCGGUGCCGCCGAGCUGUCCCCCAUGCCGGCCGGAACACUCUGCAAUGGCAGUGCAAACGGCAAGCAAACGGCCACCGAUCCGUACGUGAAGCUGCAGCUGCUGCCCGACAAGCAGCAUAAGGUGAAAACAAGGGUUUUGCGCAACACCCGCAAUCCGGUGUACGAUGAGGACUUUACCUUCUACGGGCUGACGCUGACCGAACUGGCCGGAAUGUCGCUGCACUUUGUGGUGCUGAGCUUCGACCGCUACAGCCGGGACGACGUCAUUGGCGAGGUGGUGUGCCCGCUGAGCGGCAUCGACCUGCAGCAGAUCGAGAACCAGCAGGUGGCGCUGAGCCGCGAGAUCCAACCCCGCAGCCUGAAAAUCCGUGCGCAGGGCCGUGGUGAGCUGUUGAUUUCACUCUGCUGGCAACCGGCUGCGGCCCGCCUAACCGUGGUGCUGCUGAAGGCACGCAAUCUGCCCCGCAUGGACGUGACCGGACUGGCCGAUCCGUACGUGAAGAUCUACCUGCUCUACAAUGGCCAGCGAAUUGCGAAGAAGAAAACGCACGUCAAGAAGCGAACGCUCAGCCCGGUAUUCAACGAGAGCUUCGCGUUCGACAUUCCCACCACCGAGGGGGCCGGGGCUUCGCUGGACGGCGUUUCGCUCGAGCUGAUGCUGCUGGACUGGGACCGGGUGACCAAGAACGAGGUGAUCGGACGCCUGGAGCUAGGUGGACCGCGCAGCAAUGGGUCGGCACUGAACCACUGGAAGGAGGUGUGCAACUCACCGCGCCGCCAGAUUGCCGAUUGGCACAAGUUGCGGGAGUAA